GCAGCCCGGGGUGACUCUUGUGCCAGCCCCAGCAGGAACAUCAGUGGGUGGGUGCCUGACAGAGCCAGCACCGGGGAGUUAAUACCGCUCAGUGUUGCUGGAGGUGUGACACAGUCCCAGCCCCCUACACAUUGAUUCACACGGGAUUAAGCCACUGCAUGAUGCUUCAGGCGGGACGGCUGGCGCAGCUGAUUUACCGUCCCUGUCAGACUUAACGUCUUCGGAGGCCUCCUCUGCCCUGCUCUUGUCCUCUGUGGAAGAACUAGUAAAAAGCAUCUGCCACCGCACCAACCGUAUCACCUAAAGGGAUGACUGGAAGUCAUCUUGCUCAGGAGUAAGAGAGGAAGCAAUGGGCUGGACUAUGACUCUGAAAGAUGACUUUGGGGUCAUUGCCUGGACACGGCGAGGAGCAGGGAACUACCUCAGCCUCUUCCUCCUCUUGUCUCUCUUUUCCUUUUCAGUCCAGUCCGACAUUGUGUUUCCUCGGGACCAUCACUUCUCAUGGAAAGCAGGCCAGUGGGGUCACUGUAUGGGCGAGGAGUGUGGCUCCGGCGGGGUUCAGACGAGGACAAUAUGGUGUGUUCACAAGGAGGGCUGGACGACACACCAUACCCACUGCCAGCACCUGGACAAGCCAGAGAGCCAGCGGCACUGCUUUAAGGUCUGCGACUGGCACCAGGACCUCUUUGAGUGGGAUGUGUCAGACUGGGGGGGCUGUGUUCUUGUCCCUUUCUUUGCCAAUGAGCUCCUGCCAAGGACAGCUGAGUGCAUCACAGCACAACAUGGCAUCCAGAGGCGCAAAGUCCACUGUGUACGCACCUCAAACCGCACCACUGUCACCUCACGGAUAUGCGAGUUCUUUUCCCAGAAGCCAGCUGUUGAGCAGGCGUGCCUCAUCCCCUGCCCCCAAGACUGUGUCGUUUCAGACUUCAACUCCUGGUCACUUUGCAGCAAAACCUGCGGCGCUGGCCUGCAGCAUCGGACUCGACAUGUCUUGGCCACACCAAUGUACGGAGGUGCAAACUGUCCCAACCUGACAGAGCUCAGGACUUGUUCUAGCCCUGUUGACUGUCCUGCUGGGGAGGGCGAGUACCAGUACAGCCUUAAAGUAGGGGCGUGGAGCGAGUGCCGACUCCCCCACCACAAGGACACCCUGUUGAGUGGGAGGACCACAGUGGACUUUUCCACCAGCCACAGUGAGAACAACACAGUAACACUGCACACACACACUUCUCACCACCACUCCCACCAACACCACCAUCAUGCGCACAAGAACCCCAUGUCAUGGGAACUGGAGGUUGGAUACCAGACGCGACAUGUCCGCUGCACACGGAGCGACGGCAAGAACGCAAUGCUGAGUCUCUGUACCAAGGACAACUCCCCCCUCACGUUCCAGGCGUGCGUGAUGCCCAAAGACUGUCAGACGUCUGAUUGGUCAUCGUGGAGUCCCUGCUCCAAGACCUGCCGUUCCAGCGACCUGUCUCCUGGUUACCGCCUCCGGUCACGGAUCAUGACUCAGAUUCCAGUCGCAGGGGGCAAACGGUGUCCUGCCCUUGAGGAAAAAGAAGCUUGCAACAUCAUGGGAGAUUUACUUCCAAUCUGCCCCAGGUAUGUGUGGAGGGCCACUGACUGGGGAGAGUGUCGCGUCCUCCCUUUACUGAGCCAGCAGGAUCGGCGGCAGGCUAACAUCAGUAUUCUGUGCGGCGGCGGGAUCCAGACCAGGAAGACCUACUGCGUUCAAGUCCCUGAUGACUCAGCACCACAUCACAGGAAAGAGGUGUCCAGGCCUGUGAAUGCCAGGCUGUGCACCGGUGAAGAGCCCCCCUCAGCCGUCCAGCACUGCUCCAUCCCUUGCCAGCACUCCUGCCUGCUCUCCCAGUGGUCGCCCUGGGGUGCCUGCCUACACGAUAACUGCAAGGAACCACAGGGAAAGAAAGGUUUCAGACAGAGGAGGCGAGAGGUGUUGUGGGAGUCCAGCAGUCCUCUGGAGACCUGCCCCCAUCUGGUAGAGUCCGUCCCCUGUGAGGAUCCCGCCUGCUACCUGUGGCAGGUCCAACAAGAAGGAAGAUGCGUACCCGCUAAAAGCCCCUGUGGUCCUGGAACGGCGGUCCAGAACGUGACCUGUGUCAGCACUGAAGGGGAAGAGGUGUCCGCUGCCCACUGUGAAGGCGACGCUCCCCCCGCAGAAGUGGCCUGCGAGGUUGCCUGUUCUGCAGACUGUGUGGUCGGCUCCUGGUCUCCCUGGUCGGCCUGCUCGCACAGCUGUGCCACCAAGAACGCAGAGGGCCGACAGAGUCGCACUCGCACGGUGCUGGCCCUCCCAGGGAAAGGUGGGAAAGAGUGUCCGGCUCCGUCAGCCCUGGAGGAGUGGAGAGUCUGCAAUGACCACCCUUGUGUGGUGUUCUACUGGGAGGCCUCCGCCUGGGGUCCCUGCAUUGAGGAUGCCUCCAUGGAUUUCAAUGGGACCAGCUUCUGGAAUGGGACCCCUACCUGUGCAGUGGGCGUUCAGAUCCGCAAAGUCAGCUGCACGAAGGCGAACGUUGGACCCGUCAUCAGUAAAAGGUGCUCAGAUUCUGCUCGUCCGGAAACCAUCCGCCCCUGUUCGCUUCCCUGCAAGAGAGACUGCAUCGUGACACCCUUCAGUGAAUGGACAGCCUGCCCAGCAACCUGUAUGCCAGAUAAUGCCACUGCCGCCACGCAGUCGCGAUACAGGACCAUUAUUCAGAGGUCUGCUAAUGGAGGUCAAGAGUGCCCUGACACCCUGUUUGAAGAAAGAGAGUGUGAAUCACUUCCUGUAUGUCCAGUGUAUAGGUGGAGGAUACACAAGUGGCACAGCUGUAUUCUGGUUCCAGAUUCGGUUCGACGUGGUUUACCUGGACCAGGGGAGGCCUGCGGGAAAGGCUUGGAAACAAGAGGAGUCAGUUGUGUUGAGGAGAGCGGUGAGUCGGCCAAUAUGACAGAAUGCCUGCGGUGGGCUGGCCCCGUGCCCCCUCAGAUCAGAGAGUGCCGGGUGGCCUGCAAGGACGACUGCACUCUAACUACCUGGUCCAAGUUCUCCGAGUGUGCUGGAUGUGGCAGCUCCCGCAGUCGCAAACGCGCCCUCACAGGUCGCAGUAAAAAGAAGGACCAUUGCCUGAAUGAGAAGUCGUACCCGCUGGAGGAGACAGAGAUGUGUCCCUGUGAUGAGUUUUUGUCCCAGCCCUAUGGGAACUGGUCGGUUUGCGUCCUCCCUGAUCCUUCAGCUCCGGGGUCCCUGAAGGGCUGGAUGAGCCACCGGGAAAUAAAGGAGUGUGGCCAGGGUCUGCGCUACAGAGCGGUGGCCUGCAUCGACCAGCAGGGACACCUGGUCGACCCCAAACUCUGUACGGACUCAGGCUACAUGGUGGAGGUUUGCCACAUCCCUUGCCCCCUGGACUGUAAGCUCAGUGACUGGUCGGCGUGGUCGUCCUGCAGUGCAUCCUGUGGCAGCGGGUUGAAGAUCAGGUCCAAGUGGCUCAGGGAGAAAGCUUUCAACGGAGGACGCCCAUGCCCCAGGCUGGAUUUGAAAAACCAGGCUCAGGUGUACGAGGCCGUGCGGUGCCACCGGGAAUGCAGCCAAUACGAGUGGAGGAUCGAGCCCUGGUCCAUUUGUACCAUCAACACUGUAGACGACCUGCCAGCCUGCGGUGAGGGAGUCCAAAGCCGCAAGAUCAGGUGUGUGAAGAAGGGAACGAUGAUCGGGGAGGCCAGCAGCGUGGACGACAGUCUGUGCGAUCAGGACGAAGCGCCACCCAGAGCCCAGGUCUGCUUCCUGGCCUGCCCCGACGACUGCGUAACGACACCCUGGGGAGCGUGGAGCAACUGCCCCCUGCAGUGUGACCAAGGAACGGCGAGGAACAGGAGCAGACACAUUCUCCGUCACCCGGCCUCGACAAACCCGGCCUGUCCGGACCUGGUCCAGUCAGAGCCCUGCGUCCUCAACAGCACCUGUUUCACCUACCAGCACAGAGUCUCAGACUGGAGUACAUGCCAACUGAGCGAAAAUGCCAUCUGCGGUCAGGGUUCAAGGUUGCGUCUCCUGGACUGUGUUCGCAGCGACGGCAAGAUCGUGGAGUUGCAGAAGUGCCAGCAGUUCGGUCUGAUCAACAAGUGGAGGCUGUCGGAGGGCUGCGUGGUCGACUGCCCCGUCAGCUGCAUGCUCUCUGAUUGGUCGCCGUGGGCGGAGUGCUCGCACACCUGUGGCAGCCGAGGUCAGUCGGUGCGCACCCGGAGAAUCCUGCAGGAGGCUCACGAGGAGGGUCGGCCUUGUCCCAACCAGCUCACUCAGACCAAACCCUGUCCGGUGAGGCCCUGCUACACCUGGCUGCUGAGUGACUGGUCCCCGUGCACUGUAGAGGGGGCAGCGUGCGGCGAGGGGCUUCGGAGACGGAACCUGUCGUGCGUCGUCCACUGGGGCGACGGGUCCGAGUCUCCUCCUCAGUCGGUGGAGGAGGACGAGCUCUGCGGAGACAAACUGAGGCGGCAGAUCCAACAGGAGAUGGAGCAGCCCUGCUUCGUGCCCUGCCCAGGAGACUGCCAUUUGACUGUGUGGUCCUCUUGGAGCUCGUGCCAGCUGACCUGCCUGGAGGGGCGAAGCUUUGAGACCACGGGGCGCCAAGCUCGCUCGAGAGCUGUCAUCAUUCAGGUCAUGGAGAACCAGGGCAGCUGCCCACAUCAAGUCUUUGAGACCCAGCCCUGUAAAGGAGGAAAAUGCCACAGUUACCAGUGGAGGACAGGAGGAUGGAGCAACAAUGUGCGAGCAGUGUGGUGUCAGCGCUCAGACGGUGUCAAUGUCACAGGGGGCUGUUUCCCGCAGAAAAGGCCGACCACGGUCAGACACUGCCAUCCUCCGUGCAUGAAACCCUUCUCGCACUGCACGCCGAGCGGCGUGUGUGGGUGUGAGAAGGGUUACACCGAAGUGAUGACCACGCACGGCUUCUUGGACUACUGCACCAGAACCCCGGGGGUGGACAACAACAAGAAGGCGGACGUGAAAACCAACUCUGGAAGAUUAAAACCAGGGCCGUCUCAGGCUCAGGACCUCUUCAACGAGUGGACCUUACGACCUGUUGGCCCAGAUGGAAGAGUAAAGCUGUGGGUUUACGCCGUGACUGCCGUCGGAUUCAUCUUAAUACUCUUCAUUAUUGCAUUAUCAUUCCUGGUCUGUAAGCCGACCAAAACCACUAAGACGUCUCCUCCUCCGCAGAAGCCCCUGACCCUGGCCUACGACGGCGACAUGGAUAUGUAACCCGGCUGCUAUACCUCACGAGGACGCGCUCGGCCUCGGACAGACUCCUGACCGCGUUCAGAUUGUUAGCAGGCACGUCCAUCACACACCACUGAUUGCUGGCCGGCUCGCUGCUGGCUGACUGUUUGCUGUCGUGCCAACAGUACUGCAAAAUGCAGCGCACAUGAAUUUGCUGCUGAAGGGCGAUGGAGCCCUGAAUUUUUUGGCUGCAGCCAACUUUCCUCCCCGCAGAAGAGGGAACCAAAGCCGAACAUGAAUAAUGAAAAUGAGAUAAAAGGUCUCUAGGCAUAGGAAAUAAAUGGACCUCUGUUUCUUUCUUUUUUUUUUAACUGCUAGCUAUGUGAACAGCCAGCUGAAGCACUGUUUUCGACACACAAGACUUAAGGACGCCUGAAAGGCAAAGACAGAGUGGAUCCACAAGUGUUGAUUUUGGACGUGUUUCCGUGGGACCGCCUUGUUAUCUGUCUCGUAUUUGUGUCAUGAGUGAGACGAAGCAUCUCGAGCCAACAUCCAAAAAGGUGGAACACCGGAACGUUUGACAUUUGACUUUGUCUCAUCAGUGCUGGAUCUUUGUAAAAGGAAAUGUCACAAGCCUUUUGGGUAAACAAACAGCCUUUUUUUGAAUUUCUGAGAAUAAACAAGAUGCUCUAUGCACUACGUUA